AUGAGUGAACCCUACUACUCUGGUUAUACUCAACUUAUCUCUUACUUGUACGAGCACACAGAAUGGUCAUACCCUGAAUUUUUAAACCUUCAUCGUAAUAUUAUUCUUUCCUCACAACCUUUUUCGAGCGAAUGGCAUGUUCUUGACCUCACCUGGACUCGUAGAUUUCUGAAACAAGCAAAAAGACUGAGACCAGAUGACUAUGAGGCUAUUGAGAAGCAGACUAGGAGUAUUGGCUGUCAUUCCAACCCGAGUGAUAGUGAUGGUAGCUCUUGUCUAUUGUCGUCUAGAUUAGAGUAUUGGCUGUCAUUCCAAACCUCACUAUUGCGACUUGUAAAAUAUCAAUGUGCAAACAAAGGUUUGCGGAUCUACUGGGAAGGAAUAAUCUAUGAGCGGGAAAAGAUGAAGGCAAUGCGAGCACAUAUGAUUGGUAGUAUGAAAGUGUACAGCAAAAUUGCAGAAUCUAUUGCCUUUCCUUUGCAAAGUGGACACCAAAAGAACGAAGCAGUUGACGAAGUGGAUGUAAACUCGUCUCGAGAGAAGGCAUGCAUUCAAGAAACGAUCGCAGUUGCAGAGAACAGCCCAUUUUUAGUAUCCGAUUAUGACGAGGACGAGGUACUAUUGAGAAUGUGUUUAGUUAUAAAAGUUCAGACUCUUACUGAAUAUGCGUGUACCCAAGAAGUAUUAGCCGAAGAUAUAAAGUUACCAACCCCUCAUAAACGAAGGAAUGAAAUUGAAGGAUACGUUUCACGUGAAAAGGCAAAAAAAGAAGUUGAAAGUACCCCAAACACAAAGAACCCGAGAUCAACAAACGACAGUGAAGAGUCCUUCUCUUCUGAUGUAGAGCUUAAAGAUGAAGAAGAAAUAAAGUUUGAUUUUACAGAUAUUGAAAGGGUGUUGCAAUUGGAACCUAUCAAUGAGUGGGUAGUUGAUAACAUCAACGUAUCUCAAAGAUUCAGACAAUAUCAGAUAGAGGUGCUUGAGAAGGCGAAGACUAACGGAUUAAAGUGGAAUGAUUUUUAUGAAAUAAUGGCAUUGUCUUCAGUAAUUGUAUUAAGCUCACCUUGCCCUUACCCCGCUCCUAUUUUCACCAGUCGAGAAUGGCAAAAAAUUAUACGUGAAAAUCCGUAUGCUAUAACUGAUCCAGUACUACCAGCGGAUGUUUUAUCCUCUUUACGAAGUGCGUCUGUUGAUCGUUUAAAAGGAAAGACCAAUUUUUUAUCUAUAUAUGAUUCCGAAGUUGGUCAGGCUGUUUCUAGAAUUUUCAAUGACAUUUGUAGUAGUGUUCCUGACGUUUCCCCAAUCGAAACAUCAGAAGAUGAACAUUGUUUCCAGUUGCUACAUCCAAUCAUCCGUCCGUUGUUUUUUACCGGUUCAAAUAAAGAAUAUAAGAUUCGGUUGAAUCGUGUAACAAAGGGUCCAACAAAGAGGGCGGAUUUUUCGUGCUUGGUCGACGAAAUUCCUAUUUUGAAUUCAGAGAUCAAACCACCUGGAUUCACACCUCUCCAACAACAAAAAGACAAGUUGAAGGUACAGUUGCAAGGGCUCGAGUCCAUCAAUCAGUUGUUAAAUAUGAAAGGUGGUCCAGAAGAAGCAAUGCUGUUAACUAAUCAAGGAGAUUUGGUAGAAUCAUAUGUUAUGGAUCUCAAAUACGAUGGGCUUUACCGGUCAUGGCCUUUUUUAACUACCCAACUGGUCAAAAAUAAAGCCACCAUUCCUUUGCUGGAGUCAAAUAUCCGGCAUUUUGUGGCACUAGAGGAACGAAUCAGCAAAAUUGCUGAAGACUACAAUUGUCGAAUUUAUCGAAGUGGCAUAACUUCUCCUCCAUUAUAUCUACCUUAUACGCGAGACUUACCAAACAGUCCGCAAAUAAAAAAGUUGCUUGA